AUGGAUUCACAAAAUUCUGUAGAAACAUUGACUAUUGCUCUGAUCGAUACACUUUCGGAUAAAAAUGAGAAAGUACGUGAUACUGUUGCUCAAUCAAUAGUUAAUACUGGUAAAAAAUUACCUCAACCAACAGUAAAACUAUGUACGAAUUAUCUUGAUAAACAUCAAAAAUUACCUGAUUCACAUCGAGCAGCUAUCUUACGUGUUAUUCAACGUAUACUUAGUUAUCAUCAAGACAAAGAAGGAGAAAUGCCAUUUGAUAGUGAUACAUUUCAAUCACUUACUCGUGUUGCUAUUAAUGAAUUAACAAUGCCAAAAGACUUAAUACCUUUAUGGCAACAAGCUGCUUCAGAUGUCUUAGUUGAAAUUGGCAAAUGUGAGCCUGAUCUUGUUUGUACAGCUAUUUUACCACAUAUGCAAGCCGGUCAAUUACCACAAUUUUUUGUUCUACAAACAGUUGGUAGUCUUGCUGAAGCUAAUCCGCGUGGUAUGGUUCAUCAAUUACGUCCAAUGUUCAGUCGUAUAUUACCAAUGAUGGGCAUGGUUAAACAAGAAAAUUAUCGUUGGGUUUAUACAGCAGUACUUUUUAAAUUUUGUUUGGCUCUAAUUGAUUUUCAAGCUAAUGGUGACGAAGCAGCACGUGUAAUAUUUGCUCCACAACAAUAUGAAAAUGAUGCAUUUGCUGCAUAUGAAGUUUUUCUUACAUCAGCUUGGAUUGGAUCAAAAGAACUUAAAGUUCGAAAUAUGUGUGUACAAGCUAUUGGUCGUCUUGUUUAUUUAUUUUCUUCAACAAAAUUUACAGAACAAUUUCCACGUUUAAUACAAAAUGUACUUGGAUUUUAUCGAAAAAAUGUUGAUCAUUUAUAUGUUAGUGAAACAUUAAAUUCUGUUGUAUUAUUGGCUGAUCAAUGGAAUGUACCACAAUUAAAAUCUUCAAUGGAUAUUAUUUUAAGAGAAGUUUUAAAUGAAAUUCAAGUUAAUUAUGAAGCAUUUGAAACUGGUAAUGAACAAGCUAUUAAAAAUCAAAAUGAAUUAUUACGUACAUUAUCAAUACUUGGUAAACAUGCACCACAAAAUAUAUGGCCUUGGUUAUUACAACGUAUGGAACAAGCUGGUACGAAUGAUAAAUUACGCAUUGUACUUCUUGUUAUUUAUCGUCAUCUUGUCUAUGCAUUUGGUAAUGAUGCACCAUCAACACCAUUUGAUUAUAAAUCCUUACUUGUAUCAAGUUUAAGACCAACAUUAAAUACAGCAACAUUAAAAAUUACAAAAUAUUUAUCACAAUUAAUUGUUGCUAUGGCUUGUCAUGGUUAUUUACAAUUAGAAGGACGAACAUUUUUAAUUGAAUAUAUUGUUCGAAAUUGUACAUAUCCUCUAACAACAAAUGAAGAUAAUAAAACAGAUUCAACAACAACAACAACAACAACAACACCUAGUGCUGAUGUUCGAAUAAUGUGUCGAAAUAUUUUAAAUGCUUUUAGUUCGACUAUUACUGGAAUGGAUGAAGUUUUAUGGCCAUUAUUAAUGGAAUUUCUCGUACCGGAAAUGUAUACUGGUGCAGUUGGAAUGAUUACUAAAGCAUUAGCACAAUCUGGUCAACAACAAAUAACAGCAAAAAAGGAUACAUUUUGGAUUGAUUUUGAACUUUUAGUUAAUUUACCAAAACCAAAUGAAAUUAUUACACGAUGUUUUGUUCUUCUUGGUGAACCAUUAGUUGAAGAAACACGUGGUAUAUCAAUACUUCAUUUUCUUCGUAUAGCUGUAACAGAACUUAAAACUGAAUUAAGAGAAUUAUGGGAAAAAGUUAUUCCACGUUUACUUCAAAAUUUAAAUGAUGAUGAUGAAAAUAAAAAAUUUGAUGCAGCAAAUUGGCAAGAUCUUAUACUUAAAUUUCUUGCAAAAACGCUUGAUGUUGUUGAACGUGAAGAUUGGAUUAGUGAUAUAGGUACUUGUUUUGUUAAACAAUUACCUUUAUAUAUAAAACUCGGACAUGAACGUGGUUUUGCUUAUAAAUGUAUUGGUAUUGUAUUACGUAAAUCAAAAAUAAAUGAAUUUGUUAGUCGUACACUUGAAUCCAUGAUGACAGUAAUUAAUUUUCACCAUGAACAUGAAAGAAAUGGUUGGGCAACAAUGUUUGGAUUUUGUUCAACAACACAUCUUGAUAUUGUAUUACAACGACUUGAUAUGUAUUUAAAAAUUAGUGAUUCAAAAAAUCCAAGUUCAACAUCAAGUGGAAGUGGUGGUCUUUUUGGUUUUCUUAGUUCUAAAUCUGAUACACAUUCUGAUUUAGCACGUGCAACAACUCUUUUAGCUUAUGCUUAUGUUUCAAUAUAUGCAGCACUUGAUUUAAUUAUUUCUCGUAUGGAAACAAGUAUACUUAUUAAUGCUGUUAAAAUCGCUCGAACAAUUAAAGAAGAAACAGGAAAAUUAAUUGUUGCAAAAUCAUUUGUUAUUCUUGCACAAUCCAUGAAUAAAAAUCAUUUGAAAACUGAUUUUGUUUUUGCAUCACGAAAUGAUCUUAUACAAGAAAUGAUUAAUUAUGUGACACAAGAAACAAGUAUUAAAUUACAACCAACAACAUUUAAUCAAUGUGUUCGAGCAUGUCAUGCACUUAUUAUUCUUCAACCAGAACCAACACUUCCUGAGAAAUAUCAAUUAGCUCGAGCUAUGUUAAAUUGGUACUGUUCGACGAAACUUGAACUUUUACCGAGUCAAAAAGAUGAAAUUUCUACAUCACUUGGUGCAUUCAUUAUUGAAUUGCUUAAUUUGGGUGAUUCACAUGAAACAUUUCCUAGUCUUAUUAAUCUUCUUGAACCUUUUUGUCUAUCACUUCAAAGUUAUGAACGUGUACGUGCUUUUGAUAUUCUUAAUCAACUUAUUCAAUCAGAUUCAAUGAAUAAAUUGAAAGAACAGAAUCUAAUAGAUGUUGGUGGUACUAUGGCUCUUUGUCUUAUGUAUUUAGCCGAUACCGAAACAUCGGUUGAAUUAGCAACAAAUGCAAGUCUUACUAGAUUAUUACGUCUUCAAACACAACUUGCAACCGGUGUCAUGGAAAAUUUAAAUAGUGAACAGAGUGCAAUUGAACAAGAAAAGUCAGCAAACGAUGAUACUAUACAAUACUAUAAUCUCACUAGACCUGUUGAAGAUCAUGAUCAGAGUUUAUCGGGUAAUAUUGAAGAACGUUGCCUUUUAUCGUUUAUCGAAAAAGCUACUGAAAUUGUUGCUGAUACAAGAGUAGUGGGCUCAGUCGUGGUAUGCAAUGUUCUUUGUAAAAUAUUCGAUUGCCGACAUGGUGAAUUAGCUGAUCAAAUCGAUUAUAUAUUCAGUAUUAUGCUUAAUAAAUAUAAUCAAAUUACCAAUGAGGAUGUCUUACGCGCAUUACGAGGUGCCUUCAAACAACUUAGUUUGUCAUGUUCAUCUCGUGUAUUUAGUACAUUGAUGAAUUUUGGUGUACCAUUCACUAAAAAUCUUGUGACCAUUAUUCAUGAUCUUGCCGAUAAUCGACCACUGACUGAAGCUGUUGUAGCGCAAAUAAUGGAAUGUUGGUCACGUUCAUUACCCUAUGAAGAAAAAGGCUCACAACGACAUGCUACUGCUCAACCACUUAUGGCUUUAUAUUUGCUCAAUGAAUGGUUUCAAUCAGAUCGUAUGUGUGAUCUUGGUGAAUAUGCUUUUCCACGUUUGUUCGUUGCCCUCUUCAUACGUAUGGCUUCACAUGUUGAUACAUUACCACCACAAAAUGUACCACCAUUGCGUCGUAUUGCACCACCAAAUGGUAGUUCUCGACGUGAUUCAACAACAAGUAAUGCCAAUAACGUUUCUGUGCCUAAUACAGCAAGUGCAAAUACAAGUAGUACAAGAAAAUCAUCACGUCUUAGUAUAUUUGAUUCAAAAUCGUCUCGUAGUUCAUCUAAAACAUCAUCUGCUUCUGAACAACAACAAAACAAUUCUGGACUCUCUAAUAAUGAAUUAAAAAAAAUUGAACCGUGGCGUUUAUCAAAUGAUUGUAUGAUGCAUUUUCUAAAAGUUUAUAAGUGUCAAUCAGAAAUUAAUAAUGUAAUGCCUUGGGAAAAGAUGACUAAAUUUGAUACAGCUGAUUCAGCUCUUGAAGUGCUUGCUCAAGGUCUAGCACGUUGUAAUCAUAUAAAUCAAAAACAAUUAAAUGUUAUUAUUGAAUUACUGGGACAGGUACUUGAUGGUCCUUAUGAUAUUCAACGUGUAUGUGUAUCAGCAUUUUUUGCCGAACUUAUACGAUGUAAUCCUGACGAUAGUGAAGAUCAACGUUUUGUUCGUGAACUUAUUCGUUAUCUAUUGGGACGUUUAGUGGAUCAUAAUAUUUAUGUAAGGAAAUUUUGUUUACGUGGUCUUGGUUGGUGGCGACCAGUUCGUGAUAGUCCAGAUGAUAAAGGUUUACCAACCACUAUUCUUGCAUCAUUAAUUUCUGGUUUGGAUGAUCGUGAUGAUAAAAAUGAUCUUCUUACACUUGAAGCAAUGUGUUCAUUAUCAAAUGUAAUUGCUGUUAUGAAUGAAGAUGAAGUACGACCUAUUCUUAUGAAUGUUCUUCUACGUAUUCGACCUUGUUUUGAAAAAGAUGAAGCAAAAGUACGUUCAGCAGCAUUUACAUUAUUUGGAAAAAUGGCUUCGGUAUGUGAAGGAAACUCACGUGAAGCAUUCGUUGAACAAAUAUUUUCGUCCUUAAUAACAUUAACACUUCAUUUAAAUGAUCCAGUUGAAACAGUAUGUGAAAGUUGUAAAACAUGUUUUCAAUCUAUUGCCCCAUUACUCGGCCAACCAACAUUAGUUGAAUUAUUCAAAGAAACUCUUCAACCAAAAAGUGAUUUUCAAUAUACAGAAUUUAUAAGUGAUUUUGCCAAAAUUUUAGUUCAACAAUAUCCAUAUAAAGUUAAUUUUUUUAUUAUGAAUUGUAUAAUCUUUUUUAAAAAUCCUGUACCAGAAUUACGUGCUAAUGCAGCAAUUGUAGCUGGUCAUUUGAUAUUUAAUUUAACUGAAGAACAAAUUAAUAGUCUAUCCAAAGAACACAUUUUAAAUGCAUUUCUCGUUCUAUUAAAAGAUUCAAAUCCUGAUGUACGUUCCCGAGUGGCUGAAGCAAUGCAUUUUAUGUAUAAAUUUUAA